AUGGCGUUCAGCGCCUGGCAGAUCCUCUCCCCGGUGCAGUGGGCCCGCUGGACCUGGUCGGCGGUGCGGGGCGGGGGCAGCCCCGAGGAGGGGGACGGCGGGGCCGCUGCCGCCGAGGAGGAUGACGAGGAGGACGACCGGGAGCCGCCGGCGGGGGGCUCGGCCCUCGGCUUCAGGACUACUGAGCAAGUGAAAUUUCUCUGUUUUCUGUUGAGCGGCUGCAAGGUGAAGCAGCACGAGGCGCAGCCCCUGGUCCUGGACAUCAGCACUCAGGAUGAAGGAGUGUUAAUCUCAGAAAUCCCAGAUAUUACAAAUCGGGAUGGACGUGCCACUGAUGAGGAGAAGUUGGCCUCCACCACCUGCACGCAGAAAGCAGCCGGGCUGGAGAAGAAAGGUUUUGAAAAGGAGAUCUGCAAGCAGAUGGAAAAGGGAGGGCCUGGCAUCUUCCCUGACAGCCCCGGGCUGUGCCCCAUGGACAAGUGCCCCAGCGUGAGCAGGAGUGAGAGUCCCCUGGCUGGCAUCUGCCUCAGCGAGUCCGAGAAGGCAGCAGUGCUCACACUCAUCAGAGAGGAGAUAAUCACCAAGGAGAUCGAGGCAAACGAGUGGAAGAAGAAAUACGAGGAGAGCCGUCAGGAGGUGCUGGAGAUGAGGAAAAUCGUGGCCGAGUAUGAGAAGACCAUUGCCCAGAUGAUAGAGGAUGAGCAGAGGACAAAUAUGACAUCUCAGAAGAACCUGCAGCAGCUCACGAUGGAAAAGGACCAGGCUCUGGCAGACCUGAACUCAGUGGAGAGGUCCCUGUCAGAUCUGUUCAGGAGAUAUGAAAACCUGAAGGGUGUCCUGGAAGGAUUUAAGAAGAAUGAAGAAGCUCUGAAGAAAUGUGCUCAAGAUUAUCUAACACGUGUCAAGCAGGAAGAGCAGCGAUACCAGGCCCUGAAAGUCCAUGCAGAAGAAAAAUUAGACAAAGCCAACGAGGAGAUUGCCCAGGUGCGCACCAAGGCCAAGGCGGAGAGCGCGGCGCUGCACGCGGGGCUGCGCAAGGAGCAGAUGAAGGUGGAGUCCCUGGAGAGAACCCUGCAGCAGAAGAACCAGGAGAUUGAGGAGCUGACCAAGAUCUGCGAUGAGCUGAUAGCGAAACUGGGAAAGUCAGACUGAGCCUCAGCACCCCUCUGUCAGCCCUGCACUCUGCACUUGGCUGCUUUUCUCGUGACGUUGAGCACCUUGCCUUACCCCCGGAGUCCCUGCAGAAAAGCUCUCGUGUCCAGCUUGGCUGCUGGACCUGUGGCUCCCGAGCAGAGCU